AUGGGUUCAAGGCAAAGAUAUCAGAUGCCUGUACUUGAAAUCGGUUUAAAUAAUUCAUGGGCAGAUUCUAACAUUCAUAGUGAAGAGGCUCAAGAAGCUGCUACAGAGGAAUUGCAAUAUCAAUUGCCAGAUCUUAAUUGCAUUAUUGAAGAAGGUUUUGUUCUUGACUUCAACCUUAAUCAAAGUCCUCCAACAACUGAGAUAUCCUCAAGUCAAUUCCUUUUUUACUUGAUCAAAGAGCCAUGUGCAGAAGAUGAAACAGAAGCAAAUCUCGAAGUGAUAGAAUUGGCGGAACCAAAUUUGAAUGCUGAUAACAAUGUCAGUGAUGACAAUCCAAAUUUAGAAGUGGUAAUAUCGGAGAACAAGGAAGGUCUUCCAGAUGGGCUGCCUCAUAUUGUCUACAUCUCCAGAGAAAAGCGCCCAAAUCAUGCUCACCAUUUCAAAGCAGGAGCAAUGAAUGUUCUGGCAAGAGUCUCCGGUGUGAUGACAAAUGCUCCUUUCAUGCUGAAUGUAGACUGUGACAUGUUUGCCAAUAAUCCACAAGUUGUCCUGCAUGCAAUGUGUCUUCUUCUUGGUGUCAAGGAUGAAACGGACUGCGGAUUUGUGCAGUUUCCCCAACAGUUCUAUGAUGGAUUGAAGGAUGACCCUUUCGGAAACCAAAUGGUUGUGACGAUUAAAUACUUGGGGAGAGGAAUGGCUGGGCAUCAAGGCCCCUUAUACGGAGGGACAGGAUGCUUUCAUAGAAGAAAAGUCAUAUAUGGCUCAUCACCAGAGGACAAAUCAGGCCAUGGUAUGAAAGUUAUUAGCUAUUUAGAGAAAACUUUUGGAAAAUCCACAAAAUUCAACAAAUUUGUGGCUCAGGCUUUAUCUUCAUCAAGCAGAACUGCAGAAAGUCCUGAAUCUAUCUCCAAAUCCAUUGAUGAGGCAUGCCAAGUUGCUAGCUGUGGUUAUGAGUACGGUACUUCAUGGGGCAAAGAGAUUGGUUGGAUAUAUGGAUCUAUAACGGAAGAUGUACUUACUGGGCUUAAUAUCCAUUGGAGAGGUUGGAGAACAAUGUGGUUGAGGACCAACCCAAAAGGCUUUCUUGGGACUGCUCCAUCAUGUGGGCCUAAUACACUGAUCCAGCAAAAGAGAUGCUCCACUGGACUUCUUGAAAUACUAUUCACUCCUAAAAGCCCAUUCUUGGGAACUUUGUUCAGAAGGUUGGAGUUCAGGCAAUGCUUGGUCUAUCUCUAUUUCCUUCUUUGGGGCCCAAGGUCGAUCUUCGAAAUAUGUUAUGCUGCUCUACCUGCAUAUUGCAUUUUGACCAACACAAAUUUCCUACCGAAGGUGAACGAACCAGCUAUACUAAUACCAAUUUCCAUUUUUGUGAUCUUUAACACGUAUUGUGUAUCAGAAUACAUUCAAACAAAUCAAUCAAUAAAAUCAUGGUGGAAUAACCAUAGAAUGGCUAGAAUAAUUGCCAUGACUGCAUGGUUAUGUGGAUUCCUUAGUGUCAUAUUCAAGAUCCUGAGGUUGUCUGAGACAGUAUUUGAAGUUACAAAGAAAGAACAAAGUUCAAGCAUUGAAGAUAGUGAUGAGAAACCAGGAAGGUUCACAUUUGAUAAUUCACCAGUUUUUGUGCCUGGCACAGUCAUUUUGAUGGUAAAUUUGAUUGCUUUGGGUAUUGGAUUCUCGAGUUUCAUACAAAGGAGGGGAGGUCAAAUAGAGUGGGGAAUAGGAGAAUUGGUAUGUAGCAUAUGGGUGGUCUUAUGUUUCUGGGCAUUCUUGAAAGGGUUAUUUGAGAAAGGAAAAUAUGGGAUUCCAUCAUCCACAGUUUACAAGUCUGCAGCUCUGGUAUUUGUGUUUGUGCAGAUUUACAAAUCAAGUUGAGGAAUAUGAGACUUUUGUUGUUUUAAGGUUAACUGGUUAAGUAUUGGUUUCA